AUGACAAGAGAAGAUCAAGUGAUGGGAGAAAACGGAGGGGAAAUCCAUGGAGAUAUAUUAGAAGUUAUAUUCUCUCACGUGCCACUUAUCGACUUAGUGCCUGCCUCACACGUGUCUAAGUCAUGGGGCUACGCGGUGACAAGCUCCCUCAGCCACUUUAACAAACCGAAACCGUGGCUAAUUCUCCAUAAGCAAGCCACCCGUUACCCAUACACCACAUCGAGAUACGCUUACGAUCCACGCUCACACAUGUGGAUCAAAAUAUCGCAACCGUCAAUUAAAUACAACUUAGCCCUUAAAUCAUCCAAUUCGAAUUUCCUUUACAUGCUUUCAUCUACGAAAUUGUCAUUCUCGUUCGACCCUCUAAAUAUCUCGUGGAGUCAUGUGGACCCUCCACUCAUCUGGCGGACAGACCCAAUUGUGGCAAAAGUUGGAGACUCUAUCGUUGUUGUAGGUGGCGGAAGUGAUUACGAGGACGAUCCAUUGCCUGUCGAGAUCUACAACACUGUGACACAUGCAUGGGACACGUGCGACACCAUGCCAGGAAAUUUGAAAGACUCGGCAGCUUCCACUUGGCUUUCAAUUGCUACCACCAAUGAAAAGCUCUUCAUCACAGAGAAACAGUCGGGUUUGACCUAUUGGUUCGACCCUAACACAAAAUGUUGGUCCAGACCCAAUAAAUUAAAUCCCAAUCAACACAUUUCCGACCACAACAUUGGGACUUCUAAUGACGAUUUGAUUUUGGUGGGUUUGUGCAAAAACGGUGAAAAUGUUGAACAAGUGAAGAUUUGGAAGGUUGAUAAGGAAAAUUUUCAAUGUGAAGAAAUUGUUGAAAUGCCUUUAGUAUAUGUUGAUAAAUUGAAGAGCGAGAGUAUUGGAAUUUCUUCAAUAAAUGUCCACGUAACUGGGAAUUUUGUUUACAUUUACAAUCAAUCUGAGACGGAGGAAGUAGUGGUAUGUGAGUUGAUAGCCAACAACGACUAUAGAUGGUGGAGUAUACAGAAUGUAGUGGCGCAUGAUGAAAUGAUAAUGAACAGGUUGGUGUUUACAUGCUCCAGGGUCGGUUUCGAUGAGUUGCAACGGAUUAUGAGAUCAGAGAAUCAGAGAUUUGAGGUGGAAUCAUGA